AUGGCUCUCAAUAUGGUUCUGUUUUAUGGAGCGGACGCGGCGGCGCCUUUGGCAGAGGGUGACAGGCAGCUCGUCCUCUUCUCGCGCGCGGGGGAGUGGGAGGAGGCCCUUCAUUUUUUCGAGACUUUGCCGCUGUCGGCCAAGAACGAGGUGCACCGGAACGCGGCGAUCUCUGCGUGCAGCAAAGCUUCCGCAUGGCCGGCGGCGCUGGCGCUGCAUGCGGACGACCGGUCGAAGUAUAGCCCGGAUCCCGUGGCCGCGGCCGCCACCCUGGGCGCGAGAGGGUUGCCUUGGCCCUGGGCGCUGUGGCUUCUGGAGGAUCUCCAGGCCGGGCGCGUGCCACCAGACGACUUCGUGGGCAGUGCGGCUGUCAGCUGCUGCAGCCGCAAUGUGCAGUGGCAGAUGUCUCUGGCCCUUCUCUUCAACCUGCGGAUGCAACACUCUCCGGUGGCCGUGGGCGCCGCCAUCGCAGGAGUUGCGCGAGCCGCUUCCUGGGAGGCGGCGCUGGCGCUGUGGGCCCUGGAGACUCCUGCUCGAAAGAGCUUCAUCGCCCUCUCCACGACAGUGCUGGCCUGCAGCGGCGCCUCCAAAUGGGAGGCAGUUCUGCUUCUGCUGAAGCAUCGACCAUUGCUGGAUGCUGUCACAUGCACAGCUGCAGUGACGGCUUGCCGUGACGGCAGCAGCUGGCUGCAUGCGCUUGGCUUUCUUCAAGAUGCUUGGAACUCGGGGGAGCGCUGCGAAGGCGAAGGGUCCAGCUUUCCUCUGCCCAGCUUGACCUCGGCGAACGCAUGCCUCAGCGCGCUGGAGCGUGCGAGCAACUGGCAACUUGCAUCCUGGCUGCUUUUCGAGUUUCCUCGGAAGGGCCUACAAGCAGAUGAGGUCUCUUUCAACACGGUGAUGUCUGCUUGCGUUGGGCGUCUCAAGUGGCGGCAAGCACUGGCCCUCUUUGACCUCAUGCUGACCAAGCUCCUGCCAAGAGAUGCUGUAUCGUGGAGCUCCUGCAUCACUGCAUGCGCACAGGGUCAGAACGCAGAUGCGGCUCUUCAGCUCUACGACGAGUAUUCACAAGGGGUGGCCCAGCCCAACACGGUCGUCGUGAAUGCCGCAAUGGCAGCCUGUGGUGCCAGCCGCGCCUGGCAGCGGGCAGUUGCCCUGACCCAGUUGUUGCAACGGACCUGGCAGGCCACCGGCCAGACUUCAGAUGCCGUCACCUUCAACACGACGAUCGCAGCCUGCGCAGCAGCGCAGGCGUGGGAAAUGGCCCUUCACUUCUUCCAUGCCAUGGCUGACCUGCACUGUGUGGUCGACGCGGCUGCGAUUGGUGCUGCCUUGGGCGCCUGCUCCGGGGGGCGCUGGAAGGAGGCGCAGCAGAUCGCCGCAGAUCUCCAGAGCCGUGGCGUCCGACUGUCGUCGGCCCUCGAGCAAGCCCUCCUGAGAUCCUAC